GGCAGACGGACGGACAGAUAGGCAUGCCCAGAAUGCCUUAGAAAAUAAUCCAGCUCAAGAAUACCUUAUACAGUCGGACACAAUACCCUCUACCUGUUACACACUGUCCAAUGAAUCGAGUAUACCCUGUAACUCUACAACUAACAGGGAUAAUGAAAUUGAUUCGACACACCACAAAUAUUAUUCAAAGCAAUCGUAGUAAAGUUACAUAUUGUUACUGUUUGGCAAUGAAGCUCGUUGUGACAUUGUUAGUCUUAUCACUAACUGUUUCGGUCGGUGAAAAAAAUAAAUUGAGUCCAAGGAUCGCCGGGGGCUAUAGGGCCAAGACCUUUACAAUCAUAUACCUAGUUGGAAUCGUCUUCUUCAAAAGUCAAACUUCAUCCCUGAACUACGGAGCCGGCACCAUCAUUUCGAAUCAAUGGAUCCUUACAGUCAAGACUGUUUUAAAAUAUAGCUACAUUGAAGUCCACCUCGCAUCAAGAAGAUCGUAUAGGGGCUUUGACAUCAUAAGGAUCUACAGGGAAAACUUCCGCUUUCAUUAUGACAAGAACCAUGUAAUUGCUCUGGUUAAGUGUCCCUACCAAAAGUUUGAUCGUCGAAUGGGUCGUGUUCGCGUUCCAGCUUAUGAUGCAAGAUUCGAUCGAUACGUGGGAAAUAUGACCGUGGUCUGUGGCUAUGGAACUGAAAAACGACAUGCCAAGCUGCCCGAAUGGAUGCGUUGCAUAGAAGUGGAGGUUAUUACGAACACGGAGUGCGCUAAAUACUAUACCCCAUUGAAAUGGUAUGAGAUGUGCACCUCCGGCGAGGGUUUUAAGGGAGUUUGUGAGGGCGACAUUGGCGGUGCGGUGGUCACAAUGGGGCCAAGUCCAACCUUCAUUGGCAUCAUAUGGCUCAUGCCGGAAAACUGCAGCAGUGGUUAUCCUUCGGUACACAUUCGCGUCAGCGAUCACAUAAAGUGGAUAAAGUAUGUAUCCGGAGUGGGAUUCUAACAAAGAUGUACGUUUUAAUAAUGCUGCCCAUAAAAUAAACGGAAAAAUAAAUCAAACAAAAACACAAAAAAAGUUUUUCUGGAAUCAAAGCAACAAAAUUAACGAAUGUU